CUGCCACAUCCUCACCACCUGUUCCCUUUCUUCUUUCCUUUCUCAGCUUCUUCAAAACCUUACAAUUAGUCUCCUCCUUUUCCUCUUCCGUUUCUUUCUCUGUGUGUGCCCUUUUUUCUCCCAUCAUAGUUUAAUCAUACAGUCAUCUUAAAACCCUUUUCAGAACAUAGGGUCUCUGUUCAAAAACCAGCCAGUAAACCAGUUCUCUAGCCCGAAAAACUGGUUUUGUAGAGACCCAAAACCUCUUCCAUCACAAAUCUAAUCCUUGUUUCCACGGAACUUCAAAGGCUUCUAUAUUUUGGAAUUCAAAAUGUCAAGGGCGAUGGUUUGACCUAGAUCUUAGUGGGCAUUAUGGUCUUGGUAAUGCUUGAGAGAAUCUAUUUCGCAAACCAACCCCCCAUACAGCCAACGUAAGCAGCAAAAUCAAUCAUGCCAUACCCUCAAGAGAUAGAAAGAGAGAAAGAUAAGGAUGCUGCUUAGGGUUUGUUGGUGAGAGUAAGAUAUGCCUUCUACAAUGGAGUUUAAAGGAGAAAAAGGUUGUCAGAUUUCAAUCAUCCUCUAAGGUUAGUCAAUCAGAUUGGAAGGACAGCUUAGCUUAAAAUUUAAGGGAUUUAUACAAAUGUUCCAAGCAAAUAUGUUUGAGGGCCAUCACAUGUUUGAUAUGGCUCCCAAAAGCUCUGAAAAUGACUCGAGCAAGCUCAAAGAUGAUGACUAUGAGACCAAAUCGGGCACCGAAACUAUGGAAGCUCAGUCCGGUGAUGAACAAGAUCCCAGUGAACAACACCCCAAAAAGAAGCGUUAUCAUCGCCAUACACAGCGUCAAAUCCAGGACAUGGAAGCUUUCUUCAAGGAAUGCCCUCAUCCUGACGACAAGCAACGGAAGGAGCUCAGCCGUGAGCUAGGUUUAGAGCCAUUGCAAGUCAAAUUUUGGUUCCAAAACAAGCGCACUCAAAUGAAGGCUCAACAUGAACGCAGUGAGAAUUCAAUUCUUAAGGCUGAGAAUGAAAGACUUCGUGCGGAGAACAAUAGGUACAAGGAAGCCCUACGUAAUGCUUCAUGCCCUAACUGUGGUGGUCCAGCAGCUCUUGGUGAGAUGUCUUUUGAUGAGCAGCAUUUGAGGAUUGAGAAUGUUCGUCUAAGAGAAGAGAUUGACAGGAUUUCUGGAAUUGCUGCCAAGUAUGUUGGCAAGCCUUUGUCUUCUCUUUCCAACCUUUCUCCUCAUUUACCGUCCCGGUCUCUUGAUCUCGGAGUUAGCAAUUUUGGGGCACAGUCGGGUUUCGUAGGGGAGAUGUUUGGAGCUACUGAUCUUCUUAGAUCAGUUACUGGACCUACUGAGGCAGACAAAUCAAUGAUAGUUGAAAUCGCGGUUGCAGCAAUGGAGGAACUAAUGAGAAUGGCUCAGGCUGGAGAACCCUUGUGGAUUCAAGGAGAGAACAAUACCGAGGUUCUCAAUGAAGAGGAAUAUUUGAGAACUUUCACUAGGGGAAUUGGACCAAAACCUUUAGGAAUGAGAUCUGAAGCUUCAAGGGAAACCGCAGUUGUUAUCAUGAAUCAUGUUAAUCUUGUUGAGAUUCUUAUGGACGCGAAUCAAUGGUCAACUAUUUUCUGUGGUAUUGUAUCAAGAGCAAUGACCCUAGAAGUCCUAUCAACAGGAGUGGCAGGGAACUAUAAUGGAGCAUUACAAGUGAUGACAGCUGAGUUUCAAGUACCUUCCCCAGUUGUUCCUACAAGAGAAAAUUACUUUGUGAGGUACUGCAAACAGCAUACCGAUGGGACUUGGGCAGUGGUAGAUGUUUCCUUGGACAGUUUACGCCCUAGUCUGCUGUCGAAAUGUAGAAGAAGGCCAUCAGGUUGCUUGAUCCAAGAAUUGCCAAAUGGUUAUUCAAAGGUCGUCUGGGUUGAACACAUCGAAGUGGAUGAUAGAUCUGUUCAAAAUAUAUACAGACCACUAGUCAACUCUGGUCUUGCUUUUGGAGCAAAACGUUGGGUGGGAACACUAGAUCGACAAUGCGAACGUCUUGCAAGCUCGAUGGCCAUUAACAUCCCAACUGGAGAUCUCUGUGUGAUAACAACCGCUGAAGGGAGGAAAAGUAUGCUGAAGCUGGCCGAGAGAAUGGUGAUGAGUUUUUGCACUGGAGUUGGUGCUUCUACUGCACAUGCAUGGACGACAUUGUCCGCAACUGGUUCUGAUGAUGUGAGAGUAAUGACCAGAAAGAGUAUGGAUGAUCCAGGCAGACCACCUGGAAUUGUACUUAGUGCUGCCACUUCCUUCUGGAUUCCAGUUCAAUCCAAGAGGAUGUUUGAUUUCCUUAGGGAUGAGAAUCAUCGAAGUGAGUGGGAUAUCCUUUCGAACGGCGGCGAAGUUCAAGAAAUGGCUCAUAUAGCUAAUGGACGUGAUCCUGGAAAUUGCGUCUCUUUACUCCGUGUCAAUAGCGCAAAUUCAAGCCAGAGCAACAUGCUGAUAUUGCAAGAGAGCUGCACUGAUUCUACAGGCUCAUAUGUGAUUUAUGCGCCAGUGGACAUUUCGGCCAUGAACAUAGUCCUAAGCGGUGGAGACCCAGAUUAUGUUGCACUGCUUCCAUCAGGUUUUGCGAUACUCCCUGAUGGACCAGGAUAUGGCCCUGCAGGAAUUCUUGAUGUUGCGUCCGGUGGCUCUCUACUGACCGUUGCAUUUCAGAUAUUAGUUGAUUCAGUCCCAACAGCAAAACUUUCGCUCGGAUCAGUAGCAACUGUAAACAGUCUAAUUAAGUGCACAGUUGAAAGGAUUAAGGCUGCAGUAAUGUGUGACAACGCCUGAUUGAAAAGCCUCACAUAAUUUAGGAAGAGGAGAGGAAGCAAGACAAAUGAAGUAUGCUUUCAACCAUAUUUAAGUCAAGAACGCACCUAAGAUGAUCCUUGCUUGGUGGUGUUUGUCAACGCAGAGUAGCUAGCUAUUGGUAAAAGGGCAUUUCACCACUCUGCAAGGGUGUAGGUUCGGGUAUUGACUUUGCCUGACAAAGAUGAAAAUGAAGUCAGAACCUGUUACAAAUGUUACCAAAUUUCGCUUUCAUCUUUUGCUUUAUCUUGUAGUGUUGACUAGGGCUAGCGUUCCUCUAGGUGUGAGUUACUUUGUAUUUGUCUAGUGAUCUGCUCCUUUUGCGUACCUGUUAUUAAGGAGCUUCCCUACUCAUUUAACAGACAUUAGUUUCAUUUUGUGUUGAACUUUGUCAGUAGCUUGUUAUUGAAUAGUUGUUCCUUUCUGUUUGA